AUGUAUUCCGCUAACCUAUGUCGCAGUCCCCAAAGUCUCCGGCAAUUUCUCAGAUUAAGUCCACCAAGGAGUCGUCAACGGACACUUUCCAGCAAAUACCAGCAAAUAGACCUGGUCCACCGUAUUGCAAAACAAUGCCCCCAACUCCUAAAGCUCUCCUCCCCCGACGAUGUCUGGGCUAACUUCGCCAUAUCGAGUCUCAUCGACGUUGACGGUAUGCAUCAAAUCGGUAACAGCGCCAGUAUCCUACACAUGCAUUACGAUCUAGCGAUAGUUAUGCCGACAGCGCAACCUCCAAAGUAUCCAGUUAAUAACGACCUUUCGCCAGCGGGUCAGGCCAUUGUCCGUGUGAAAAUGAACGGACUAGGCAUGAGAUAG